CACAAGCAUUUCUGUUUAUAAGCUCACACUUGCCCUUCUGCUGGUGUUUCAGGCUUUGAGAAUUAACCAGAAAUGAAGCUGGUCACAAAAGGGGGCUGUUUGCUGCCCCUCCUCCUAGUUUUUUGGGACCCAUCUCUGGCAGAUAUAGGGAAACCCCCCAGCCCCCCCCAGGUGCUCACCCGACACGGGGCACUCCGGGGGCAGCGGAUCAGGGUGGCUGGUGCCGAGACGGACGUGGAGGCUUUCCUUGGGAUUCCGUUCGCAAGACCACCCGUUGGGCCCUUGCGGUUUUCCCGCCCGCAGCCGGUGGAUCCCUGGACCGGCGUCCGAGAUGCCACCUCUCGCCCGCCCAUGUGCCUGCAGGACCCGCUGGUGGGACAAGCGCUCUCGGACGCCUUCACCAACAGAGCAGAAAACGUCUCCUGGCCCGUCAGGGAGGAUUGCCUGUACUUGAACAUCUACACGCCGGCCGAUGCUGAAAAGGCAGGACGGUUACCGGUGAUGGUUUGGAUCCAUGGCGGAGGACUACUGCUGGGCGCAGCAUCCACGUAUGAUGGAUCCGUUUUAUCUGCUUGUGAAAAUGUGGUGGUGGUGGCGAUCCAGUACCGCUUGGGCAUUCUUGGGUUUUACAGUACUGGAGAUGAACAUGCCCGUGGGAACUGGGGGCUGCUAGACCAAGUGGCAGCUCUACAGUGGAUCCAGGAGAACAUUGCAGAUUUUGGAGGUGAUCCAACAUCAGUUACCAUAUUUGGAAAUUCAGCAGGUGGAUUCAGCUCUUCUGCCCAUGUGUUAUCCCCUCUGUCAAAAGGCUUGUUCCACAAAGCGAUUUCAGAAAGCGGUGUUGCCAUACUAGAUGUGUUGCUCGAUGCCCAUCCAGAGAAGCUGGCUACGAAAAUUGCUGAAUCUGUUAGCUGCCCAACUUGCAGUUCAGCUGAGAUGGUUCACUGCCUCAGAGGGAAAACAGAGAGUGAAAUCUUAUUGGCUACUCUGAAGAUGGAUUUUACCAGGCUGCAUCUGGGUGGAGAAGAAAAGCACAUUGUCUUUUUCCCUGCAGUGGUUGAUGGUAUAUUUUUUCCAAAAAGUCCCAAGGAGCUCUUAGCAGAAAAAAGUUUCAAUAAUCUUCCACACAUCAUUGGUGUCAAUAAUCAUGAGUUUGGGUGGAUUCUUCCUAAGCUUCUCCAGUUUCCAGAUUUCACAAAAGGACUGGAUGAAAAGACAGUGAACCUUCUGCUACGCAGCACAGAGCAAUUCACGAAUGUUGCUCCUCAGCAUGUUUCUCUGGUUGCCGAUAAAUAUCUCCAGGAUCUCCAGGACCCAGUACAACUCAGAGACCAGUUGCUGGAAUUACUGAGCGAUGCUGUAUUUGUUGCUCCAAGCAUUCUUACUGCCAGAUACCACCGAGAUGCUGGCUAUCCAACCUAUGUUUAUGAAUUGCAGCAUCGUCCUACUGCACACAAAGGCCUUAAACCAGACUUUAUUAAAGUGGAUCAUGGUGAUGAAAUUUUCUUUGUCUUUGGAAAGCCCUUCUUCAUAGGUUAGUCCUGAGCACUCUAGGAAUUAAGUGUUGGCCUAAUCUGAAUGUGGUGGGCACGUUCCUGCUGAGAGAAACAGCCACCUCAUUUUGUGGAUUCUCAGCAGUGAGCUAUUGCUUGUGCUCCAUCUGCAACUUAUUAGCAGGCCAACCUUGUGAAUACGGGCCCAAAGGAAACCAGGUGUGAUGAUGAUCAGGAAGCUAGGUCCUUGUCUGCAGGUACAUUUGGCCUUGAGAAGAGAGGCCUGAUAGUGCCCUACAAUGACCCAAUGGGGAACCACACAGGCAAACACCAAGGCCUGUUCUCCAGGAUUUCAGAGGACAAGCAGUGGUCUUAAGGCAGAAUUUUGGAAGUCAGAAUUUGUAAGAGCAGUUUGAUGGUGGAGCCAAUGACCUGGGAAGUCCUGGAUGUAUUCAAGCUGGGGCUGGAGAGAUUCCUGUACCAAUGAGGGGGCUUGAUGGAAUUAACGGUCCAACCCAAUGAUUCUGAGUCACGAGAAAUUUCAAUUAAGCUCACAUGAAGCUUCACCCUCCUUGUGAACAUAUGUUCGUGUAAUGCUACACCACGGGUGACAAUGCAAACUAUUUUGCCGCUGCCUCCCACUGCCUACUCUUUGUGUCCUUGUACUAUCAGGAACUUCUGUUCUGUCAGAUACUAUCAGGAACUACUAGCCUUGCCAUAUGGGCAGAAAAUUGGCAUGUGGAAAUCCCUUUGGCUCUUCCAGGCAGUGCCCAAAACUUUGUUGCUUUUUUCUCCUAAUCUUUCCCCUGUGGUUUGCUAUGGUGCUGGGCGAUGAAACCUGCUUCCUUGCUUACCACCUCACUGCUUUGUUAUGGACUAUUUUCUAAGCUCCACUCUGGACCUCAUGAAAAACAUUCUGAAGGAAUAAUAUGCCAAAUAUACCGUGCCUUAGAACUGUUAACUUUACUGACAAUCAGCAAGCUUUGCCUAACAGUUAGAAUACUAGGAACAAGAAAAAUGGGUAUCACGUGGUAUAUUGGUUGAUAUGUGAGUGAAAAUACCCAAUGAAACUGAAGGAAAAGAGAUCUGUAGGAGAGCACCUCCCACCAGGAAUGCUGUGCAAGACCCAGGAACUGGCCUCUGGUCAUCUGGGCCACCAUGGAGCAAACUGUCCUUGCUUCCCAGGGAGGGGCUACUUCCAAAUGGGGGUGCUAGAUCAAAUAAAAAAGUGCCUGCUUCAACUCAAAAUCCAUCCUGGGGACUGACCGUCUUCCUUGCAAAGGACACUAAACCAGACUUGCAAAUGUGGAGAAGACCACCAGCUAAGAAGUGUAGGCUGGAGAGGGCUACUUAGGCCGCCCAGUGCUUGAACUCAAAUUAAGCAUCCCUGACUGAUGCUUGAGCUUUUGCUGGAACACUUCUAGGUGAAGGGAGCCCUGUUGGAAAUUAGUUCCACUGUCAAACUGCUGGUAUUCUUAUUUAAAUGUUUCUCUAAGACUGAGUCAGAACCAACCUCCCAUGAAAGAGAGUAGGUGUGGAUUUUCUUCUGUGGGCCAAUCUUUCAGGCCUGAAGACCACUGCCCUUCUCAGUUGUCUCUCCUCAUGGCUAAAUAUGUCUGGUAAUUUUGCUUCAGGGGAUUUAGUUUCUGGUAGAGAGAUCUUCGCCCUGGGCCCUCUUUGUUGACCUUGUUCCAAUGGUUGGAAUUAUUUUUAAAGUGUGAUGCCAGAAUAGGACUCAGUACUCAUGGAAUGAAGUGGAUUUGAAAAUACAGUAAUUCUUCUCUUAACUAUUGUAGUCUAAAACUGCAUUAGCCACAUCACUCUCUGACUCAUUCAACUCCUACCUUUUCGACUAGUACCAUAACCAAACCAGGUUCACCCCCCUCCAUACUGUGCAAUGUGUCAGGUUCGGCCAGCACGGGGCUUCAGGGAAGCUCGCAGCCAGACCACGCGGAAUCCACCGGUGGUAGC